AUGGUCAAAAAAGUUGCAAUUUUAACUUCGGGAGGCGAUGCACCGGGCAUGAAUAACGCCAUCCGAGCUUUGGUUCGAGCGAGCCGAAUGCACGAAAUUGAAGCUUGACUAGUUUUUGAAGGCUACUGAGGACUUUGUCAAGGCAAGUUUGCUUUGGCAAAGGGGUUUGACGUUGACAUGUACAUCAACCGGGGCGGAACUAUGAUCGGUUCGGCGCGCUACCCCGAGUUUGCGAAUCUUAAAGUUCGCAAAAAGGCGCUCAAAGAACUGCUCAAGCGCGGCAUUGAGGCCUUAGUAGUGAUCGGUGGCGACGGAUCGUACCGCGGAGCCCAGGCGCUGCACGAAAUGGGCGUCAAAACAAUCGCUUUGCCCGGCACAAUUGAUAACGACAUUAACUCCUCUGACUUCACGAUCGGUUACCCCACGGCUCUCCAAACAAUCGUUGAAAACAUUGAUCGCGUCCGCGACACGAUGGAAUCGCACCGCCGGGUGGCAAUCGUGGAAGUGAUGGGACACGGUUGCGGAGACUUAGCGCUUUACUCGGGUCUGGCCACCGGCGCAGAGAUUAUCGUCACCAACGAAAACUUACUCAGCGCCGAAGAAAUUGGUCAACUCGCUAAAAAGCAGUUUGCCAAAGGCAAAAAAUCGGUUAUCAUCGUCGUCAGUGAAAUGAUCUUUGAAAAUCUCAAGCACCUUGAAAGCGUAGUCGAAAAAAUCAGCGGACGCGCCACGCGAGCGAUGUCCUUUUCCCACAUCCAACGCGGGGGCAUCCCCGGCGCAAUCGAAAGAAUUAACGCCUCAAGGAUGGGUCUGAAAGCGAUCGAAUUGCUUAGUCAAAACCAAUCUGGACUAGCGGUCGGAAUCGUCAACAGCCGCACCACUGCGAUGCCGAUUAUGGAAGCGCUGAGCCGACCCCGUCAAGAUCGCGCGGGCAAAGCGCAAAAGUACAACCGCCUCAACCAAGCCUAA